AUCCCUCAUGAUGAUCGGACAAGAUUCAUUGGGCGCAAAGGCGUGACCACGCAGAAUGUGAUGGCAGCAUGUGACUUUGAUAUGUUAUUCACGUAUGUGUGUGCAGGUUGGGAGGGAUCGGCUCAUGAUUCUCGAAUUUUUAGUACGGUUCUAUCUAAUGCAAACUCAAAGUUUCCCCACCCUCCCCCUGGAUAUGCGAAUCAAAGUGGAUAUCUAGCACCAUAUCUAGCACCAUAUAGGGGACAGAGAUACCAUUUAGAGGUAUUCCGAAAUGGUCCAGAUGUAUCGACACCACGGGAAGCCUUCAAUCAUGCACACUCAUCUCUCCGUUCGGUUAUUGAGCGCACAUUUGGUGUGCUAAAAAAUAAGUGACACAUUUUAUCAACAAUGCCCCCUUACUCAUUUCGCACUCAAGUGAAGAUCGUGGUUGCCUGCGCAGUUUUACAUAAUUUCAUACGAUUGCGCGCAUUGGAUGACCCGGACUUCACUGCAUAUAGUGAUGAUGACCACACUUUUCAUGUCUCAGGCAUGGAAGCCAGUACCAGCCAAGUUGGAGCAAACACUUCGAAGAACCAAUCAUUAAUUGAUGAGGAACUAGAGAUGGCAGCUCUCCGCGAUAUGAUUGCAGCUGAAGUGUUUGCAUCGUACUAGAGUACUUUUUUUUAUUUUUUAUUUACCAACAUCAUCAAAUGAUGUAAACUACUUUAUUUUAAA